AUGCUUAGCACCCACCCCUCGUCCUCCUUGCGACUCUAACAGAGCCUGUAAUUUGCUUUAUGACCCAGUGUGUGGAAGUAACGGCGUCACCUAUGGUAAUCAGUGUUUCUUUGAAGGAGAAACGUGUGGAACAGAAAUCAGGAUUGCACACAGAGGGAGAUGCACUACAACCCCCACUCCUGAUGUCUGA